AUGCAGUACUCUACCUUUAUCCUCACCACCCUGGCCUUGUUUGGCGCUGCCGUGCACGGAACUGCUUCUCCCGACCCUCUGCCUGUCGGCAUUCUGGAUCCCCGUGACACGAUUGGAGGCUGCUGCUGCAAUCACUUCCAGAGCAGCACCUGUGCUUGUUACUACGGCGCGGCUGCUGGCUCGGGAAGCUGCGGCAGCACGUGUGCAGGAAUCUGCUAG